AUGCCCGACUGCAUAGUUCUCGACGUCCCACGGCAAGUGUAUGUCGCCGGGGGCAGUGUGCAGGGCACGGUGCAGCUCCAUUUCCCCCUUAUCCAGGACCAGCAGAUCGAGGAGGUCCAUGUGAAGCUGCGGGGGUCGGCGUACACGUGGGUGCGCCUGGGACGCUCCUCAGAAUUCCAGACGGUGCCCCUCGUCCGCGAGAACAUCUCGGUAUGGCAGCGCGGUUCCGCAUAUCCCGCCCCUGGCUCACACGAUCUGCGCAUCCCGUUCCAAUUCACUCUGCCCCGUAGCCUGCCGCCGUCCUUCGAGUUCACGUGUGUGCAGGGCCGGGGGAACGUGCGGUACUACGUCGAGGCUGUCGGCGUGCGCUCCGGCGCGUUUCGCAUGAACAAGCGGGCCAUCCGCCCCUUGGCGGUCGUGCCGCAUGACUCGGGGGGCGCACAAACGCGCGAUGCGAUGAAGUUUGGCUGGUGCGGGAGAUGGUCGAGCGUGGUCACGAGUGACAGAAUUCGGAAGGGACUGUGGGGUGAUCAUUCGGACGUCUGCAUCGAGUUUGUUCGUCCCGCAGUGGACUCCUUCCCUCUCUUUCUCCCCAUCCCCUUUACCAUCUCCAUCACUACGGUCAGCAAGCCCGUCAAACAGGGGGAUUGCAGACCCUCAGAGUCGGUCUGGCCCGCCCCGCCGCUGCAUGCUAAGGAUGUCACCUUUGAGCUUAAGCGCAAUGUCUAUAUCAGCACGGGCGCAUACAGCGAGCAGGACAUCCAGAUUACUGAGACGACAGAGGCGGAGUGGGUGCCGCUAAGCGGCGACGGUGCGCGGGGGCGGUGGAAGCAGAAAGUCACGUUCGCGUCGAGCUUUGUGUUGCGGUGCCCGCCGACAUUCAAGUCCACCACCAUCAAGAACGAGGUCUACUUUGGCAGCCCUUUUCACAGCGUGAAGGCGAAUAUACCGAUCACGAUCUCGUCGGGCAUGGUGCCCAGCACUGUACUGGAGUACUAUGCGCCUGGGGACACAUCGGCCGCGGACUUCAUGGACCCUGCUGGUACUUCUCCCCGUACAAACGAAGAGGUCGACUAUACGCAGCCUCCGCCGGAGUUGGAUUUACCUCCGUACGUUUCGUUUCGUCCAGCGUGCUAUCACUGGAAUGCAAGCUUACAACCUAAUACAGCUGCACCAAGACCCAGCCCUGACACGCAAACCGCAUUCUGUCACUCCGACCGCUUGUUCGUCGUCGGCGGAACUAUCGAGUGGGACCUCUCGUUCACGAAAGAAGACCAUGUUCUCGUCAAGAAGUUCUGGCACAUAUGA